AGGUUCAGGCUGUGGGUCCCACCCUCAUGAUGCCCUCUGUUGGUUUGCAGAUCCCCUGGAUACCUAGCCAUGGCCUUGUUCGACAAGGCCAAUUGCCAGGCAGCAAUGUUAGCCCUCAACAUUCUGGGAUGGAUCUUUACCAUGGUUUCCAUGGGCCUGCCUAAUUGGCGCACAUGGUACAUAGAUAGAAGCCCUGCACCCCCCUGGGGGCUGGCCUGUGUAGGGAUGUGGAAGGUCUGCACUUACCACCCCAAUGGCCUCCAGAGCAGACCCAUAGCGUGUCACCGCUACACCUACAGUGACGCCUACCUGCCAUUGGAUAUCCUCCUCGCUCAGCACCUGCUGCUCAUCGCCAGCCUCCUGGGGCUGCUGGGGAAAGGGCUCAUGGUCAUGGGCCUGCGGAGAGUGUAUGCGGGACAGCUUCAGAAGGACACCACCUGCAAUAUGUUCCUCGUUUCCAAAAUCCUGAGCAUCAUAGCUGGUGCAUUUAUCUUCAUCGGUAUCUGUAACUACCAUGCUGUGCUCAAUGAAGAGGGCAUAGACUUCCCGCCCUCCUUCCACAUCUCCUACAGGCCAGAAUGGCAGGAGAUGGGCAGCACCGUGUAUCUGGCGAUUCUAGCUGCAUUCCUAAUGCUGUUGAGUGGGCUGUUUACCAUCUCUUUCCAGCCCCCCAAAAGCCAAAUAUACCCCCAAGUCUCAAAAGUGUGAAGUUCCCGGUUGCAAAGGUUUGCAAAUCCACGAUGAGCAGUUUAUGAGGGUGAAGUAACUAUGAAAUAGAGCCAAGGACUCAUGACCAUGGCAAAGGUCAUCUUUUGCAGCAAGUGGCCAUAUUCUGUUUUGUACAAAUUGGGCUCAUCAAUUGGUUAAGGAACUUUCAUUAAAAAAAAUUCCAAAGAAACCACUUUCCACUUGUCUUACUGAAUCUGGUUUUUAAUUAUUGUU